CCCGUUAAUUAAUUGCCAGAACUAUAAAAGCACUUUUAGCAGCCCUGGUAAAGAAAGGGCUGUAAUCCUGAAAGAAGCUUCUGUAGAAGUUGAAGGGACUCCUGGCUCCUCCAGCCCUGCACCAUGCUGUCCUCCCAGCAGCACAGCAUCCUGACUGUUAAGGACCUCCUGGACAACGGGUUUGUGGCUGGGGCCUCUGGGCACACCCACUUCUCUCCUGUGUGCAGUUACUACCUGGACUCCAGUAGUGCCCUGAAGCAGAGUACCUGGGAGCUGUUGGCAGAUUUGGACACCACGAGGAGCAGCUCUGUGUGCAUGGUGACACAACCCGUGGGCAGCGGUGUGAGGGCUGGCCUGGGCUCCUUGGACCUCAGUUUCCUCUCCUUCUGCAGGAGCCCCUCCGGCCCUGCCAUGCUCGACCUGUCAGCUGUUCCCUGCGAGCUGCCUUCUGGGCCUGGCUGCUUGCUAGAUGUAGCAUCAAGGAACACCUCCACACCAUGCAAGGCUGGGAGGUGCCUCAAGGAGAGAGCAUUGUCCCAUAGCACCGAGCUGCUGAGCGACCUGCCCUCCCCUGGGAAGCCCCCAGCACCCAGGUGGGAGAUCUCAGAAAUAAAGCCCCCCCUGGAUGCCAGCCUGCCCCUCGAUGUGAGCUUCCUGGGGUGCUCCAAGCUAGACACAUCGCUGCUGGGCACCCCUGUGGUGGUCCCUCUGGCCUGGCCCAGGAGACAUGUGGCUCUGCCCCACGAGGCCCAGCUGGGUGAUACAGAGCCUGCCUCUGUGCUCCUGCACCAGGCCCCGUGAUGCCGUGCCCUCAGCACCGGCUGCGGUGGCUCCGGUCACCCCGUGCCCCAGAACAGAGUGGUCACAGCUGCAUGGCCGUGCUGGUGUGGAGUAAGACAGUAAAGUUUUUCUCUUCAGUGGGAGGUAAUGGUGGUGGGAAGCCGGUGGCAGUGCCUGGUGAGCUGCAGCCCACAGCUUCCAGCCCAGCUCCCUGCUCCUCUCCUAUGGCUGUCUUUUGUAUUAAGGUAAUAAAUCUUUAAACUUC